ACCUCAUCACAGAGCACGGGAAAAGCUGGGAGGGGGCAGCGGGGAGGAGGAUAUGUCACGGUUGUUUUCCAUCUCCCGCAGCCAGGGUAAAGACAGGACGACCGCCAUGUGCAAGCGCGUACACCUUCGCCUAAUCCACAUGGGCAUCUUGCGCUCGCCACAUGUGCGAACUAUUUGAUAACAAAGCAGCGUGCUGCCCCGCCCUCUUGCACGGGGGGGAGGGGCUCCUGUCUGCCAGGUUCCAAGAUGGCGGCGUCCAUGGAGCUCAGUUUGGAGGUUUUGCCUUCGGAUCCUUUACUGCUGAUUUUAUCGUUCCUCGAUUUCAGAGAUCUGAUAAGCUGCAGCUAUGUCAGCCGAAGGCUCCAUGCACUUUCCAACCACAAUCCGCUGUGGAAACCUCAAUGCCAGAAAUAUUGGCUUUUAACAGAGUCAGAUAAAGCCCAGAGGAAUCAGAGCUGGAAGGACUUGUUCAAGGAGUUCUACUCAGACCUGGGACGCUAUAUUGAUCAUUAUGCCACUCUAAAGAAAGCCUGGGACGACCUGAAGAGAUAUCUCGAGCAGAAGAGCCCAAGAAUGAUUGUCUCGCUGAAAGAGGGUGUGAAAGAAGAGGAGCUCGAUGCUGUCGAAGCCCAGAUUGGCUGCAAGCUGCCCACUGAUUACCGCUGCUCCUUUCGGAUACACAACGGACAGAAGCUGGUGGUGCCCGGGCUGAUGGGGAGCAUGGCCCUGUCCAACCACUACCGCUCGGAGGACCUGCUGGACAUCGAGACGGCGGCCGGGGGCUUCCAGCACCGCAAGGGCAUGAGCAAGUGCCUCCCGCUGACCUUCUGCUUCCACACGGGCCUCAGUCAGUACCUGGCGCUGGAGAGCGUGGAGGGCCGGCACCGCGAUGAGAUCUUCUACCACUGUCCGGAUCAAAUGGCGCAGGAUCCUUCUGCAAUUGACAUGUUCAUUACAGGAUCAAGCUUCACUGAGUGGUUCACCAGUUAUGUGCACAAUGUGGUGACGGGAGAGUUUCCAAUAAUCCGAGACCAGAUUUUCAGGUAUGUCCAUGACAAGGCGUGUGUGGCGACCACAGGGGACAUCAAGGUGUCCGUGUCUACCUCUUUCCUGCCCGAGCUCAGUUCUGUGCACCCCCCCCAUUUCUUCUUCACCUACCGCAUCAGGAUCGAAAUGUCCAGAGACGCCUUGCCGGAGAACGCCUGCCAGCUGGACACCAGGUACUGGAAGAUCACCAACGCCAACGGGAACGUGGAAGAGGUGCGCGGCCCAGGUGUUGUGGGGGAAUUUCCUGUCAUGACACCGGGCAAGGUGCACGAGUACGCCAGCUGCACCACCUUCUCCACCACCUCCGAGUACAUGGAAGGGCACUACACUUUCCACCGGCUCAAGAACAAAGAGGAGGUCUUCAACGUCGCUAUCCCGCGCUUCCACAUGGUCUGCCCCCCCUUUCGCAAGUCCGUGGUGCGGAUGCAGGGCCUGGCGUCGGAGGCGUCCAGCGCACUGUGCAAUGAGGAGGACCACUCUUCGGACACCGAGGACUACGACGAGAGCGACCGGGGGGUUCUGAAUAUCCCCACCCCUAGUGGGCGCUGUCCCCGCCACAUCUGAUGCACUUUUCUCUUCUUUGAUUUCACGGCGAGACUUUUGAGAGACAGGACAGGGGCUGCAAAAUUCUGCCUCAGUCAGCUGUUCCUUUCUAACAUUGUGCUGACCUCAGAAUUUCCUCCUGGAGCCCCGAGACUUUCCUUCCAACUCCCUGUGUCGCCAGGCUUCAUUUUAAGGGCGUGUGGUGGUUUUAGUUAUUUGUUUUUUUUUAAUGAAGAGACCUGGGACCGAGUGUUUUCCACUGCGGGAAUAAUGGGUAUUAUGUUCCAGUGCCAGCUGGCCUCAAAGCAUUUGUCCAGUACAGUGAGAUUUAUUUUGCAGAGUGUGUUUGCAGACAAUAACAUUGAAAGGCAGCUAGGAUUGGGCGUUGUUCUAUCCAAAUACGUUUCUCUUAAAAUAUGAAGCAGGGCACCAUAAUAGUGAAAACAGUGAAUAGUCAACAAUAGGAGAUUAACUGUUCCCAUUUAGGUUUGUGUAGACUCGAUAAAUAGGUUUUCCAAUAUCGGUGUUUUUUAUUUAUUACGUGUGCUGGUCAACAGCUUCAUAUAUAUUUGCCCGCCUUAGACUGCAGGAUCAGAAAACAGAGACAUGAAAUGCAUUAUUGUAAUGAAUCAUUGCAGUCUUUUGCCUUAUGAUGCAUUCUUUUCCAAACGCUGGUUAGUGGAAAGAAAAUGUUUUAAAUAAUGUAUUCGACACGUCUUGAAAACCGUUUUUGUUCUGCUGCACUCUCGCGUCACGGCAUCAACAGUAACACUGACAAGUACAUUUUAUUUUAUUAGGGUAAAAGCUGUCUAUGUAAUUGAUUUAAACCGAUAUCUUGUUUUUUCUUUUUUGCAUGCAGAAAGUUACCACUCCGACUGAAUGACGGUCAGUUUUCUCUGCUUCCCAAUUACUUAAAAUAAGUUAACAACAUCCUCAAGUGAUGUCUUGCCAAGCUGUAAUGGAUUAGGUUACACACAUUUACUUUCACGGACUCCUAAGUGAAUGUGAUUGUGGCCAGGGGGUGACUCUGAUCCACACCAGACUUUCAUAACAACCAUGAGCCAUGUGAAGGGAGGACACUCUUGCAAAUUUGCUUAAUGUGGUUUGCAUUAAGUAUUUUUUUCCCUUUUUGCGGUUCUGUUUUUGUGUCUCAGCUCCUAAAAUGAUUUAAAUGAGUCAUUUGACUCACAAGUAGCUGUAAGUUUCUAAAAAAAGCUCUGUGGUAUUCGUGAUUAAAAAAAUAUUCCAUAUUUAAAUGGGAACAGCAGCUCAUUCCCCUGUUAGAUGAGGCUGGGGUUAUACUAUUUUUUUUUGUUGUUUUCUGUCGAUCACAUUUAACCCAUGGCUCUAUGAUUAAAAAAAAAAAAGGAAUAUGACAUUUGGAUCUAAAAAAGGAAAAUAACAUGCAAUUAGAUAUCUGUGGUGCAAACAGGAAAACAUAUUUCGUAGAUAAAAUAGAAUAGCCUAGCCCACAUGCUGAGAAUGGUCUAAACUACAGUUUGGCCCAUAUUAUCCCAGUAGAUAAUGCGUUAUGCCAAAUAUUUAUUUUAUCCAGUGAGCCGGAAAUUAGUAGUUCUCCCCUAAAAUAAAGAUUCAGAUGAAGUAAGUUAUGAUGCGUCUUGAUUUUCCUAAUCUACUAAAUCAAGUCAUGUGAAAUUAAAAAAAGUGCUCUGCAAUAUUGAAGUGAUUCCCAGCUUUGCCCUGUCAAUAUUUCCGCCUCUGAACCUCUGAAUUCAGCGCAAAUGAAGUCAGCAUUCAUAGUGCAGCAUUGACAUAUUUUACUGAUAUAAUUGCACAAGAAAAACCUUUAACCACGCAUUUGUUAUCAUCCAGAUGAAAAUGAAUUGUUCAACUGGGGAAAGAGUUCGGGUGCUUUGUCACAUGGGUUGCCAUGAUGUAACGUUUUCCCAGUUUUUCUGUUCCAGGCAGUUCUGGCUCUGUGAUUUUUUUCCAACACCAUUUGUUUUCCAUUCGUCCUGUAACGGCCCUACGUUUUUCGGAGAAAGGACGGUGUUGCUCUUUCGUUAUAGCUGUGUUGUAAUAGUUCUGCGAGACACAGACACCCCAGGGGUCUCUACUGAUGUACUGAUGCUUUGCAAUGAAGAGCUAUCGCCACAUGCUUCUCCAGCCCCUCCUCCAAAAAAGACAACAAAUGACUCAUCUCAGUUUGUAAAUAGAUAGGAAUAGAUAUAAAGUGUUUUUUUUCUUUGGGAUAAGACAAAAAAGUUUGGGAUAGGAACAGUGUGGACAUUUUUCAGGACGUCUUGAUUUUUGUGAGGCAGGGAAAAGAUUCCAUGUCAUCAUUUUGGUUUAUUUCAGGACUCAAAUGACUGUUUUCGAGUGACUGUGUGAUUAACUGUGCACAUCUGCCUCAGGCUACUUUCAAUCAGUUAUGCUACCCACUUGAGGUGAUCUGUUUAAUUUUGACACAUACACUUGUUUGGUAUGAGAAAUAUUUUUCUUUUUGUGAAGGUUGUGCAAUAGCUCUUCGGGCUGAACUUCACAAGGACUGUCCGCCUCUUAUGAAGCAAUUUGACAUUUUGUUCAUUAUCACUGUUUUUAUAUAUAACAGAUGUUUUGAUUUUCUAUGUUGGGGAAUAAAUGCGCUAUGUUUAAAUCUU